AUGUAUGGCUCUCAGAGCUCACAGCGCCGACCAAGUGGUGCUCCCGGUUUCUCUGUUCUAAAUCAUGUUAGCCAAGAACGACAGCAUACUGUGGUGGGGGACAUACCAUACAACUUUGGCAGUGAUCAAUCCCACCUGUCUCCCUUGACCCCCAUGACUCCUGCUCUGCCUCAACCAGAUGAUGUAUUCGGAGGGCCUCGUGAACAGACUGGCACUUCUGGUGAUGCUACAAAUGGGCUCAUGCAGAAUCAGCACAACCAGAUUGGCACUGGACAGGCUGGACAAAUGAGCUCACCAGAGUUUCCCGUCCAUUUGGGUUGCCUCAUGAACAUCAAACACCAUCCCAUCCUAUUGAACUGUCCUCCCAUGGGGGCAUGGUAUGGACUUACCACAGGACCUGGUUUCUUCGUUGUGAAGCUGAAACUAAAUCCAUCGAGCUGUGUGGGCAAGUCUAAUUUGAUGGUGAAGUUGCUCUUGCUUUCAUCCAACAUCUUUGAGUGA